AUGGAAAACAACCCCCGUGAGACAUACGGUCGCUCUUCGAUCAACCGAAUCAAUUCAUCUUUGCAGAAUCCCUGUAAAGAAAAUAACCGACAGACAUUUAGCGAGCCUUUCAGUCCUACAGGUCUGCUCGGGGAAAGAUAUGAUCUGCUCAAACAGCAAAUGGAGGCUAGUUCGCGGAUAGCCGAGCAACACGACAGUCCAUUCACAAGGGGACUUCUGGGAUCUCUCGCCGAGCCCAAUACACGGGGCUACCGCGCUUCAUACGAUGGCACUAGAGUUGGAGGCGAUUUAACUAGAGUGGCGUCAACAGCGAGCUCUUCGAAUCGUUUCGGACCAAGAAGAACACCAAGUGUAUCCUCUGUCAGAACAGACUCCAUCUAUUGCGCUCAAUCUGGUGUUACACCACCUCCCCUGUUGGAUAUAACGUCGUCACUUCCCCAACGACGACCAUCAAGGCGAGAUCGGAACUGUCAAGGUGUCAGAUCACCAACUGUUCAACCACUACUGAGUUUGCCCGAGAUAUCGACCAACCAGUGGAACAACUCUCAUCCACCAGCGCUCGGUCGAAGUCAUUCAGUUGCUGUUCGGUCUUCAAGUGGCUCUUGGGGCCCUUCACGAAGCAGAUCCGGCUCACAUCCAACAUCAGAGCUCUCGACACUCGGUCGCCGUGUCUCCACAGCUACUGCUCCAGCUCGACCUGAAACCUGGUAUCAAGGUGAUAGGACCGAGCCGAAGCGUCGAGGGAUGUUACGGAGUUGCUGA